AAAUAAAACUCGUCUCCAACUCGACCCUCGCAUCGCAUUUCCCGCUUUGCCUCCCCCUCCUCCUCCCCCCUCGCUCGCCUCGCCUGCCUCGCCGCCGCCUCUCGCGUCCCCUAGGUUUAGGGUUUGCGCCGCCGGCGACCCGAGUCAAGGCGGGAUCAUUACCUCGUCACCGCCAAGUUUAUACACUUCAGUAGAGUGAGAGACGUUCCAUUCCUAAUUGUCAACUAUAUAGGGAUGGAAAUGACCCCUGAAGUGAUGUAUGGACAAAAUGUUUAUGUUCCUGCUACUGGAAACACAUACCCAUAUGGUUAUGCAGAGGUUGGAUCACAUCUGGACUGGUAUAACCACCAUAACUCUGUCGGUUAUGAGGCUCAAGAUGUUUAUUAUCCGGGUUUCCAGCCUGAAGGCACACAAUGUGUUUACUAUGCUACUCCUGACAAUGGUUCAGUUCAUCCUUCCUACAGCCCUUACCCUAUAGAUCCUUCUUUCAUAGUUGAUAGCUCAUUUCUGCCACAAGAAUAUGUCGCUGAUAGUGAUCCUACAUGCCAAAUGGUCCCCUCAUCCUAUUACAUCCCAUCUGUUCUUCCUUAUUCACAAGAUGGUGUCCUAGGAAACACAGCCACACCUCUCCAUCCAUCAAGUGUUACAUUCAUUCCAAGUAUGCCAGGUUAUGUUGCAACGUCAACAAACCAUUUACUACCUUCGAUUGCCCCUAUUGUCCCGAAAAAUGAUGUUAUCCUGAACCCACCAAUACAAUCCACAAUUGUCUCUUCAAAGCAGUUUCAGAACCAUACAAUGGUACCAAUGGUUAAUAAUCCACUUCCAGUGAAGCAAGAGCUUGCAAAAGCGCCAAUGGUGUCUGUUCGACCUCCUCAUACUUCACAGGCAUCUACAGAUACAUUUGAUAGGGCUAUGCCAGCUAUCAAGCAUUCACCAACGGCUAAAUUAUCUGGAGACAAUUGUGCUGCAUGUGUUGGAUCUGAUCCUCAGAAGUGGGCUGCAGCUGAGAAAUUUCAGCCUACUCCCAAGUCGAGUGGUCAGCUGAAUGAACAUAGUUUUAGUAAUACGGAGAAACCCAGUGGUCAAAGGUCAUCAGCCGUAGUUGCAAAAUCCUACACAUCAAGGGUUAUUGUUGGCAAUUCAGAUGGGACAAUCCUUAUAAGACCUGACCAGUAUAACGGCAAUGAUCUCCGAGUGGACUAUCCCUAUGCAAAGUUCUUCGUUAUCAAGUCAAUAGGCGAGGCUGAUAUCCACAAGUCAAUUAAGUAUGGUGUAUGGUCAAGUUCCUCCAGUGGAAACAGCAAGCUGGAUGGUGCAUAUAGGGAUGCUGACAGAAUAGCUAGGAGGAACUCUACAAAGUGUCCAGUUUUUCUGUUCUUCUCGGUGAAUGGUAGUGGCCACUUUUGUGGCAUGGCUGAGAUGGUUGGUCCUGUUGAUUUUCAUAAGGACAUGGACUUCUGGUGCCAGGAUAAAUGGAGCGGUAGCUUUCCUGUAAGAUGGCACAUCAUCAAAGAUGUGCCUAACUAUACGUUGCAACAUAUCUUGCUGCAGAACAAUGAAAACAAGCCUGUCACACACAGCAGAGAUACGCAAGAAAUACCGUACAUUCCUGGAAUAUCUAUGCUCAAGAUCUUGAAGGAUAUCAAAGUGAGGGAGUGUCUAUUUGAUGAUUUUAUGAGAUAUGAAGAUGAUGAAGCAAGAAUUAAGCAGCAUAGAUGGUCCAAGUUGAGUCAUAAUGCGCCAGAUUUCGUGCCUGUCUCUCACCAGAGAAAGGAUGCCUCUGACCCUCAGCAGCCAAAAUUAGGCAGUGUGCUGUUAGACAGAACGGCAGAGAUACAGAAUGUAUCGGAGAAGCCACAUGACUGUUGUGUGACCAAACAUCAGGAUCCAUGCAUAGAAGCUGUUGAGAAACAACUCCCUAGCGAGGAUGGGAAAGAAAAUGGUCAUCAAGAAAACCACUGUAAUGGCAAGCAGGGUAAUGAAAAAGUGGCAAAAACUUCAACUACCCAGCCACAAUCUUUAACCUCGAAGACAAAUCUGGAUGGGAAGCAACAAUACUGGAAGAAGGUGGAAUCCCCUAGACAGAAUCCUGAUGGUGCUGUACAUGGAUCAUCAAAAGUACCUGGAAAGCAUAUAAAUGGAGUUAAAGUUAGUCCGGCAAUUGUCAGUUUGGGGACACCUGAAGAAGAAACAAUUGUUACCAAAAUUGGUUCUCUUACUAUCAGUUCCAAGGCAAGGAAGGCGGACGAUACAAGUCACUUGGUUGAUGUUCUGACUAUUGGCUCAUUGCCAAUCAGGGUCAACAAAUCUGCUGUGUAGUUGGGAGUUCUCUUUUUGCGAACGUUGUCUUCUAAUUCUUGCCGUGCUCCAGGUAUUAUUCCUCGCCGGAUGGAAGGAUGCAUGUCUGCAGUUCAGUGUUGCCCAAGUUGAAGGGCAAUGAAAAGGAGAAAAAACCAGUAUUUUAGAUUUUAGUUUUUUCUGGUCAAGAAAAAAGAUCGACAAUUUUCCCAACAGUUUUGCUCUUUGUUCUUGGAUAGAAUGGAAAUGACAGUGCAAGAUGUAUUCGCCUGAACGCUUAGAAAAAAGAAGAAGAUGAAAGUAACUGGGGACUUUGGAUGUCAGGUUUUGCCCCCUCGUUGCACAUGUGCUCACUCCGAAUGCAUUGAGAAUUGAGAUACUCCCUUUGUCGUGUUGCCCUGAAGUCAGACGGGCCAACUAUCAAA